AUGAAUUUCUUGUUUCCCAUGUUUCUUUCGCUUGUCUGCUCCGAAAACUUGGGGAUUCGAUAUGAAGACGUGAUCAGCAAGUGGGUCAAUUACGAGAAGAGGAGAAUGAGGGAUGGGCCUCUUGGGGUUUCGCCUUCUUCGUUUACUAUCGAGAAUGGAAUGCCUAAAAGUAGAAGGCUUCUGGACUCGAAAACAAUUUGGAAUCCAGUAAGGAUGUUUGAAGACGAUUUUGAAGGACUAGAAUGCAAAGGAGUUUUAAAAAAGAUCUCUAGAGAUGGAGACUCGAAAUAUUUGAGUGAGGGAUAUGAAACGCUGCUCGAUGAAUCAGGAAUCAACUAUUUGUGUCUAUCGACGGCAGUUAGGCCGUUAAGAAUCAGCAUAGAGGGGAUUACAAAUGUAGCAAUUGGAUAUAGAGGGUAUUUUGAUGAACAAAAGGCACAAAAACUAGGGGAAUGUCUUUCUAGAGUUCUGAAUGGAAUGGAAGUGUGUGUUAUUCCGGAAUCCCUCUGUGGGUUGGUAUCGAAGCUGGAGCAUGUGGGAGAAGACGUUUCCUUGCACUGCAUGGUAAUUAUGACUUCAGGGAGAAAGACAGUAUUUUCACUUUACAAGGUGGAGAUAAAGGACAAGGAGAGAAGAUUUGAGAAUCUGUUCCAUGAGAGCCUUGACGGAAUAUCUGAUUGGAAGAUGGAAAGAAUAGUAUACGAUUACAUAGAGGAAAAGCUUAAGGAAUACAUUUCCAUCAAAGACGAUAUUUCGGAGACAAGCAGAAACGUGGCAUUCUAUCCCCAGAUAGAAGAGGGACGGGACUCUAGUUUGAGAAUUGACAUGAGGCCUAUAUACAAGGAGAUCAGAAAUGCUCUAAGAUAUGAGAAUCCAAGGGGAGGAGUGAAGAUGGUUAAUGGGGUCAGUGUUGUUGAUGGAGAAGAAAAUGUAAGGUUUGUUAUUGAGGCACCUAUUUUUAACAUUGAAGAAAUUCAGAAAAGACUUGAGGAAUUUGUUAAAGAGAACGAAGGGGAAUUUGGCAGGAUGGUUAAGGAGAUAAAGAAGAAAGCGGAGGAGAUUAUUGAGCCAGGGGGUUACAGUGUGAUGAUGAGGUCUGAAUUCUAUGGGAAUCCGAUAUUUGACAGGAUCUUUGGCAAUUUUGGCAAGAGAGACCACAUAAGAUCGGAAAGCAUUGAGAAGGGAGCAGCAAGGAUUAUGAGAACAGAAUAUAUGGUGAUUGAUCCGAAGAUUCUACGUGUAAAAGGAAGAAGUGGAAAUGGAGAAGCUUACUUGGAUGAAGUCAAGGCAAGAAGGGAGAUUGGAGAAAUACUUGAGAAAAAGAAAGACAAAAAACUCAGAGAUAUUUUUGAGCUGGUACCUGAUUCAUGUAUAGAAGAAGCAGAUGAGAUCUUUUCGGACGUUAGUGAGCUGGACUCCAUCAAGAGGGCAGUGGAGAAGUGGAAAGAAUUGGAAGCCAAAGACGGAGAGAUUAGAGAAGAGAAAAGGUUGAGAGAGCAAGCUCUGAAGGAUCUAAAAGAGGCGAUAAUUUCGGCAGAGAAGUUGGGAAAGAGUAAUUUGGAAGUGUGGGAUUCGGGAUUGAAGGACGAGGUGACAAAAGCACUGGAGCAUCUGAACAUCAUGAGCGCCGAUAGCAAAUAUAAAAAGAAAGAUAUUGAAGAGGUGGAGUUCAACCUGAUUAUUAGAAGCAAAAGCCUGUUUAAUGCAUACGAAGAAAAGGCCAGGAAAGAGGCUGAGAAGAAGGAAGAAGAAAAAGCCGAGGGAGACGGAACUGAAAAGGAAGCUGAGGUAAACAAAGACUCUGAGGAGAAACCGGAGUCGGGAGAGGAGGGUAGAUCUGAGCUCUAA